UUAUCAUUCGAGUAGAGCAGUUGGGUUUGUAAACGCUGUGUUCAAAUUAGAUUUUAUUGUUUCAUUUGUAUACAUUCCGAUUUAAUUACUGUGAUUCAUCUAUUGUGAGAUACAGUAACUAAAAGCAGCCAUGGCCACAUUAGAUGAUAAACUUCUGGGUGAAAAACUGCACAAUUAUUGUAGUAGCAGUGAAGAUGAAGGAGAAUCUGACGACGAUAAAAGUGGAGACGAGGAGGGUGACGCUCCUAAAGCUCAGGCGUCGACUAAUGCCGAGCCACCGCCCAUAAACAGUUGGUCGGGGCAGGCGAGCAACACGGGCCCAAAAGGAGUACUUGAAGAUUGGCGAAGGUUCAAACAACUGGAAGCUGAGAAUCGUGCUGAAUUGGCUAAAGAACGUAUCGCACUAGCGAAGAAACUGACUCUGACCGUCCAACCCGAGCGUGAAGCUACUCAAGCCAAGCAGAUCGAGGAGCUGGAAGAUGAGCUGUCUGAACUGAUGGACGAGGAGUUCCUGCUGCAGUACCAGAAGCAGCGGAUGGAGGAGCUCAUGAACCAGCUACAGAAGGUACCCAAGUUUGGUGUAUUAACAACACUUAACAGCCAAGAUGAGUUUCUGAAUGCUAUUGAUAAAGAGGAUACUAAAGUGACAGUAAUUAUACACAUUUACAAUAAUAGUACUAGAGCUUGUGAGACUAUGGAUGGCUGUCUGAAUGUGCUAGCUACUGAGUACCCAACCAUCAAGUUUUGUAGAAUUGCUGCAGACAUUACAGGACUGAGCCGUCACUUCCGUGUUGAUGGAGUGCCAGCUUUAUUAGUGUACAAAGCUGGCCAGAUUAUUGGUAACUUUGUGCAACUGGUCACUGAACUUGGUACUGACUUCUUUGCUACAGAUGUGGAACGUUUCCUCAUUGAGUAUGGAAUGCUACCUGAGAAAUAGAGUUCAUUUAUAUUCUGCUUGUUUACAAUAUCACAGGUCUAACUCAUACAUUACGUAACAGUAUUACAACCUUGCUUUGAUAUUACCUGGAUACUGUUAUCAAUUGUUAUAGUUCAAGACUAUGAGAGUUAGCAUAUAAUUUAUUUAUUUUUAAGCUCACUUCUUUAUCUAUAAGGUUAAAAAAAGUAAUGCAUAAAGCAUGUCCUUACCAGUGUUUACAGUUACAUUUAAUUUAAUCAUGGUCUACUAACCUAUUUUUAGAAUUCAUUGUAUUAUUUAUCAAUAAGUAUGUGUAAUAAUUUUUCCUUUAAUAUUUUAUGUCCCACCAAUUAAUACAUAAACAUGGUAAUAUGAGUCUCGAUUCAUAUUUCAUAAAUAAUAUGUUUGUUAUGAAGAUAAAUAACUUCAAAACAAACAUCUUCACAUCAUGCCUUAUAUUUUUGAAGUGAUUAGCUAUCAACACCUCACAUAUCCUCAUUCAGACACCAACAUACUUAUUUGUCGACCAUAACUGCAUUUAAUAUGUGGCCAGUCUGCUGCCAAAUAACAAAAUCUAAUACAAUUUUGUUGGCUCUCAUUCCACCAUUCACUGUUCCAUCUUCUAUUGUCAUCAGUUAUAUUUAAAUUGCUUUGAAACAUCAAAUUGAUCUUUACCCAGGUAGGGUGUAAUAGGUUCUAAUUUGUCAUGUAAAAGUUUAUAUACAACCUUUUCAAUGUACUGAAAUUAAGAUCCAGAGGUGCUUAAAAUUACAUAAGUACUCAGUGACAAUUCUGGGGUCAUGUAAGACCCUGUAAGAGCUAGUUUACAAAAAAAAUAUCUAUUUGACUGUUUAAAUAUAGAAUUCUGACAAAAUAUUAUAUUAAUAUGGUCUUCUUACUCUUUAUUAAUAAUGGUAGCAAUAACUGCUGGUGGUAUUUUUGAUGUGGUAGAUAAAAUAAAAUGUGUGUCAGCUUUAUUAGUGUGUAAAUUACGCCUAGUGACCUGCUGGUAUUAAUUUUAAUUUACUUUAGUAUAAGUAGGCCAAGGCUAAAUGUGUUUAUCAUGUUUCUAAAAAUAUAUUUUGCAAUCAUUUGAAAUGAACUUUGCACUUUAUUAUUAUAAUUUUAUUUACUUACAAAAUUAAAAUACUUGGUCAUGUG